UAUGCUGUAACUUCAUCUGCUCUCAGCUUUGCAAAGAUGACAGAUAAAGGAAAGACUUCAGCUGCCUCUUCAGGGGAUUUUCAAACAGCUAAGCCCAAGACUGUGUCUGACCAGGGAAAAGGAGAAUCUGAAGAGGAAUAUGGGCCCCAGCAAUACCAUCUCAUUCGAAGUGAUUUUGUCCAGCAGCUGAAAGAAAAAGGGGAACAGCCUUACCCACACAAAUUCCAUACAAAUACUACACUUGUUGAAUUCCUUGCCAAAUUCAGCUACCUUGGAAAUGAAGAGCAACUUCCUGACAAACAAUUAUCUCUGGCAGGACGAAUUCAUGCCAAGAGAUCUGCUGGUGCAAAGCUCUACUUCUAUGAUCUCCGGGGAAAUGGACUUAAAUUACAAGUUAUGGCCAAUGCUAAAUUUUUUAAGUCUGAAGACCUUUUCACCAAGACCAUAGAUAAGCUGCGGCGAGGAGACAUCAUAGGAGUUUUGGGAUAUCCUGGGAGAACCAAGCAUGGAGAACUUAGCAUCAUAGCUACAGAAAUAACUCUGCUGUCACCAUGCUUGCAUAUGCUGCCUCAUCUUCAUUAUGGAUUCAAAGAUCAGGAAACCAGAUAUCGUCAACGUUACCUAGAUUUGAUCAUGAAUGAGAAUGUGAGGCAGAAGUUUAUUAUGAGGAGUAAAAUUAUCACUUUCUUACGAAACUUCCUGGAUAAACUUGGAUUUCUUGAGGUGGAGACUCCCAUGAUGAAUAUGAUAGCAGGUGGUGCAGCAGCCAAACCUUUUAUCACACAUCACAAUGACCUCAACAUGGACUUGUACAUGAGGAUAGCUCCUGAACUAUACCACAAGAUGCUAGUAGUUGGAGGUCUGGAGAGGGUAUAUGAAGUUGGACGUCAGUUCAGAAAUGAAGGAAUUGAUCAAACCCACAAUCCAGAAUUUACUACAUGUGAGUUCUACAUGGCUUAUGCAGAUUACAAUGAUCUCAUGGACAUCACUGAACAGCUGCUGUCAGGCAUGGUGAAGGAUGUGACAGGUGGCUACAAGAUCACUUACCAUCCAGAUGGCCCUGAGGGAAAGGCAGUAGAAAUUGACUUCACUCCUCCUUUUAAACGAGUCAGAAUGAUGGAAGAAUUGGAGAAAGUCACGGGAGAAAAAAUGCCAGCACCAGAAAGUCUGGAUACUGAGGAAGCCCAAAAGUUCCUUGACAAGCUAUGUGUGAAGAAGGGAAUCCAAUGUUCUCCUCCUCGGACUACAGCAAGACUUCUAGAUAAGUUGGUAGGGGAGUUUAUUGAAGUUUCCUGCAUCAACCCCACAUUCAUUUGUGACCAUCCCCAGAUCAUGAGUCCUCUGGCUAAAUGGCAUCGUUCAAAGAAAGGCCUGAGUGAACGUUUUGAACUCUUUGUGAUGGAGAAGGAGAUUUGCAAUGCUUACACUGAGCUCAAUGAUCCAAUGAGGCAGAGAGAGCUUUUUAUGGACCAAUCGAAGGCUAAAGCAGCAGGUGAUGAAGAAGCCAUGAGUAUUGAUGAAAACUUCUGCACAGCAUUGGAAUAUGGACUUCCUCCUACUGCCGGCUGGGGAAUAGGAAUUGACCGUCUUGCCAUGUUCCUCACAGACUCCAACAACAUUAAGGAAGUGCUAUUCUUCCCAGCGAUGAAGCCCAUUGAAAACAAACCUCAGUUGGAGAAACAAGAGAACUGAAGUGCAGUUUAGAGGACCAACAUGGCUACAACAAUCCUGCAAACAACUUAUUCUUUGUCAUUCCACUGAAGUUCACUGAUGUGAAUUUGGUUUGGUCAAUCUUGGUUGAUAUUACUAACCUUGUAAUCUGCCUCUUGUCUUCAACAUAACCAACCUCUGUUUCAUAUAACUAAGUAAAGACUCAAAUGCUUUAGUAUUAAUCAGAUUUGUAUCAAUAGCUGCACAUCUAUGAUUUGUGUCCAUUAUUUUCUAUUAGCAAUAUACAAUAUAUAUAACUGUUGUGACGGAUGUGGGGUUACUAUGUAUUAAUUCAUGAAUGCGAUAUGGUUGUGCAAUUGCUGUAAGUGUAAGGGAUGUUUUCUGACUAGUGUUAAGUGAAAAGGGGCUGUUAAUUUCAUUUCCUGCUUGUUUUUGCUAUAACUAGACAUAAGAUACCUUCCAGUAAACCACUUCAGGGUUGUUAAGAGAACAGGGACUGGGCUAACAACUGGGAAGACCUACCUGCCUUGGCUCUAUGUUAAGAGACCUAUCAUGCCUAAUCUUAAGGACUAGAAGGACGCUAAACAAUUGGGAUUUGCUAAGGUAUUUAGCUACUUGACUUCCAUUUGGUAUUAUCUAAAUAUCUUUUUGAAUUCCACCCUUCCACUCUCUAGAAAGAGAAGUGUGGGGGCAGGGUCUGUUUCAGGGGGAAUGGCUACCAAAGACACUUUACAGAGGGAAUCUGAAGAAGUUGGGCUUACUUGGCUACCAAUAUAGGAAUAGUAAGCUUGAGGUACAUAAUCAAUUUAAAAAUCCAUGUUCAAAGAUUGUACAGUCACUGUGUAUGUACCACUGGUCACAGCUCCCAGAGUACAGAACUGCAGAAACUGAAUUUAAGCUGGGUUUGCUGGUAGCUAAUCCUGGUUAGCAAACAAGGAUCUGUAACACAGGUCCGGGUCUAGAAGUGGGAGAAUCACAUAACUAUAGCUAGAAAGAGGUGAAAGUUUGAGGCUUGUCACCUUUGGGGUGCCCUGAGACCCAGAGAGGGAUGGGGAAACAUCUAACCCUGCAACUGUGACAAGUGUAUAUAUUUCAAUAAAUAGAUACAAACCUGGGGAUACUUUUUUAGUCCUGUAUGGGGAGAUUUUGGCAAACCAGUAAAGUGCCUGAAACCACUAUGGCUUAUUGCUAAGAGCAGCCUAGUCAGCAGUCUCAGCUUGACCAAGGCAGGAGGGGGUUUUGGGUGCCACAAAAAGGGCAGCUUGACCCCAUGUCCUUCCUGAUAAGAAUUGUGUUGAGGUUGCUGAUACAUGCUGUAGUGAUGUGGCCUGGCUCCCAGCCGCCCCAGAGAGGCGCGAACCUCAACAGUGGACGUUUACACAUGCAUUUACACAGGAAAGUCUAUGGGGGGUCUCAAGGCUGCAAACUCUGGAAAAAACCCACACCUGGUUAAUCAAUCAGAAGGAACCUCUUGCUUGACCAUUGAAACUGCUUACUUGACAAGUUUUCUUUAAGGGACAUGUCAUUCUAUUACUAAUGUAUAAAUAAGGGGGAAAAGUUUGAGAUAGUUGGACUCGUUUGGAACUCUUUUUGGACUCUCCCUCUGGAUACAUCUUGCGGUCCCCACCGGCGGACGGAUUUGGCCACUGGAAGUCUGCCGCUGUGUCACUUGAGAACCACACUCAGCUUUGGUAAUUAUCAAGGGUUGGGGGUGUUUUACUAACCUGUUGAGGACAUGUGUUAAGUGUUUGUGACUAAGUAAAGUUUAGCUUUAAGU